CUGCUGGACAUGGCUACUGAUUGGGAUCCUUCAUGCGAUUAUGACUCGCAAACGUUUUCAGAAGAUUACAAUUUACAUGGUGCUUCUGCAAGAUCAUUAGAUCAUCCCAGUGUAACUCGCGAUGAAAUCUAUUACGGCCGCUUGAAUCUAAAGGAUGGUCAUAAUAACCGAGACGACCUCGACGACACCAGUAGUAGCAUCGAUAAUGCGGACUUGGACUUGAUCGCAGAUAUUGUUGAUGGCAAGCCUCCACACCAGAAUAACACAGAUAAAAGACAGCUGAGGUCUCUGGCUGCCGGUAGUACCACGGGAGUCGUUCAUCAAACUGAUGAUAAUUCAGUCGCUUCCAUUAUGAGAUACCUACAUGAAGGGUCUCAAGAGGCUAUAGGAUAUCAAGAAUCACCCAACUUUGUCCCCGCUCGGUACCGUCAUUCAAUGUUGGAUCAACAAACAGGAUUUAUGGGCGAUGUCAAUGAAGACCAUUUUGGAGAGUGGCCAAACAGGAACGCUCCAGCGCAUCAGCAGGUCAAGCAUGCUAGUCAAAAAGCCAUGCCAAAGCUAUCACCCAUGCUCAAGCGAACACUGAUCCCUAUGCGGCAGCCUUCUGAAGGUAUGCCGAACCAACCAAAAACUACAAAAACUGUUUCAAUGCAAGAGGCCGUUAAAGCCAGAGUGUCAAGGAUCGUCCCCCCAAUGAAGAGAGGAUCAGCGUCAACAUUAACAUCAAUACCAUUACCACAAUUGAAUCCAUCAAAGAUAAAAAGUACAUCCACUACAGUCACAGAGACAACACCUCCAUUGAAACCGAUCUUUCGAUCAGCAAUGAAGGCUUCAAAUAACGCCCACAAUGUCCAUGGCGACCAACCUGCAAGGAGCAAAUUGGGCCGACAUAUCCAAUUGCCGACUGAGACCCUUAGUGACAAUGAUGAUCAUAGCGAUAAAGAUCAGGACGAAUCGGAGCGGGAAGCUGAAAUAGAACAAUCUGAUCCUGAACAUGAUAGCAAUAGUGACAGCGAAAACCAUUCAUUCGAGCAGCGUCAGGAGCAAGAGCAGGAGCAGGAGCAGGAGCAGGAGCAGGAGCAGGAGCAGAUUGAGAAUGAACGUGCUGUACAUCUACAAGAAGCAGAAGAGCCAAAAGCGGCGGAGCAAUUACAAACCAAUAAUGAUCCUGUUUCAGUGGUUCGGUCCGUCCCUGGACCAUCGAGGUUUACGCGCAUAACAAAGACUAAUUCACCGGUUAAAAAGCAGCAUGCCACUAUACCCACUCCACAAGACGAAAAAACUGAGAAAAUUCAAAAUACCGUCAAAGAAUUGAAGGAAAUGCUUAAGAGAGUCGGAUUGAUGCCGCUUACUUCAACAUUAGAGACAUCCCUUGAUGAGCUUGAUGCUAAGCAAAUGGAAAGAGGAGGGCUUUGUGAGGCCCUGAACUUGCUGUUGAAAUUGGGGCACAUGCAUGAGAAACAGAAAGAGGUGAUUGAUCAAUUGACGGAUCAGAUUAUUACGGGCGAGUCGGCGCAGCAGCCAGGAGAUCCAGAUGCCGAGGAGUAUAUGCAAAACAUGGCGCGCGAACUUGAAGAUAUCAAGUCCGAAUUGCGUGAGGCUCAAGAGAGAAAUAGAAAGCUUGAGUCUAAUACAAAAGAGAUGAGCAUUGAACUAGAACACUUUCGAAAAGCCAAAGAAGAGAGUAUCAGGCAAGCGGCGGUACCAGUACCACAAGCCAAAGCCAAGACAACUGUUGUGGAUGCAGAGAGUCAAGUUAGUGGAAAUUGGGGUAGCAUAGAGGAGCUCUUGUCCCAGCGAGUCAUGAGGCACAAGAGCAGCCGCGUCGAGGAGGCAGCGCAGCAGCAGCAGCAACAAGGGCAUCGACAUUCAUCAUAUAUCUUGAGCUCAGCGAAAUGGAAAGAUCAUAUUCAGAAAAUAGAGCAAGAAUUGCAAGCGCUAAAGGCGAUUUUAGAUCGCCAAUCAGAAUUAGCUGCCUCAUCUGAAUCGGAGGCCUUGGAGCAGAAGCUGGAUGAGGUACUUUUGGAAAAUGUUCGGCUGAAACAAAAGAACAAGGCUCUGAUGAAAGACUUUCUUAGUGUUCAGGAAGGAGACUCUGCAGAACAUAGAAUUCAAGAUUCGGGCUACACAUCACUUUUGAAGAACAUCAUGUUAAAUUUGGGUGUGGAAAGUCAUCAAGACAUAUUGCCAGCUUUAAGCGAAGUUAAGAGGAUUGUGAGGGACCUUCCGAACUUACACCAAUUUAUUUCUAAAGUUGAGAGGAUUAUCUGGGAACAUGAAAUCAUGGAGGGAAUGGUUAAAAUACAAAAGCACCCACGCAGCAAUGUAGAUGAUGCAAAUGGGCAUUUUGACGCAGAAAAAGGCGGUAGCGGUGAAACAGGAAGGAAAAAAGAACGAGUAAGAGAUUGGAAGCCAAAAAUCAAGGUUGGAAGGACAUGUUCUCAGAGCUACGAAGAAACCUUACAGCGCUUAAAGGAAUGGAGCGAACUGUUGGAUGUGUUAAAUCACGUCGAGUUCGCUGAUGGUUCAGAUGAUACACCUACAACUAUACGUCCACCGUCUCGAGGGGAGUAAGCUGUUAUGUAAACUAGACUCAUUGCAAUUCUAGAC